ACCACGCUCGAGUGGGAGUCGAAUCUUCUGCGGAACCGUUUGCUUUCAUUUCAGCACGAGCCCGUCGCGCGCCGUUUCCAUCUGCGCUUCAAACCAAAACAAACUUCGUCCGGUUAAUUUCCCGCAUCACUAAGGGAUUAUUCGGAGUUUUCUGUGGAAAGGCGGUGAAUAAGGUCAAGCAAAAGAUGAGUGUGGAGGCGUACGGGCCGAGCUCGCAGACGCUCACCUUCCUGGACACGGAGGAAGCGGAGUUGCUCGGGGCCGACACGCAGGGCUCCGAGUUCGAGUUCACUGACUUCACGCUGCCCAGUCAGACCCAGACGCAGGGCCAGACCCAAAGCCAACUGGACAAUCAGGUGAACGGGCCUGAUGGCGUUCUGCCCAAUGGAGAGGAUGCAGUGGUGAAGACUAGUCAACUUUUGGCUGAGCUGAACUUUGAAGAGGAUGAGGAAGAUACCUACUACACUAAAGACCUGCCUGUGCAUGCCUGCAGCUACUGUGGCAUUCAUGAUCCAGCAUGUGUGGUCUAUUGCAAUACCAGCAAGAAAUGGUUCUGCAACGGCCGUGGAAACACCUCUGGCAGUCAUAUUGUGAACCACUUGGUGAGGGCCAAAUGUAAGGAGGUGACCCUGCACAAGGACGGCCCACUUGGCGAGACCAUUCUGGAAUGCUAUAACUGCGGCUGCCGUAACGUCUUCCUCCUCGGCUUCAUCCCAGCUAAAGCCGACUCUGUGGUGGUGCUUCUGUGCAGGCAGCCGUGUGCGAGUCAGAGCAGUCUGAAGGACAUUAAUUGGGACAGCUCUCAGUGGCAGCCCCUCAUUCAGGACCGCUGUUUCCUGUCCUGGCUGGUGAAGAUCCCAUCUGAACAGGAGCAGCUGAGAGCCCGUCAGAUCACUGCUCAGCAAAUCAACAAGCUCGAGGAGCUCUGGAAGGAAAACCCAACAGCAACUCUGGAGGAUUUGGAGAAACCUGGAGUAGAUGAGGAACCUCAGCAUGUUCUACUUCGCUAUGAAGAUGCCUACCAGUACCAGAACAUUUUUGGCCCACUCGUGAAACUAGAGGCUGACUAUGACAAGAAACUCAAAGAGUCCCAAACUCAAGACAAUAUAACAGUAAGGUGGGACUUGGGAUUGAAUAAAAAGCGGAUAGCUUAUUUCACUCUGCCCAAGACGGAUUCAGGUGACAUGCGACUGAUGCAGGGAGAUGAGAUCUGUCUGCGCUAUAAAGGAGACAUGGCUCCACUCUGGAAAGGCAUUGGACACGUCAUCAAAGUACCAGACAAUUAUGGAGACGAGAUCGCCAUCGAGCUGCGCAGCAGUGCAGGAGCGCCUGUGGAGGUGCCACAUAACUUCCAGGUGGAUUUUGUCUGGAAAUCAACAUCUUUUGACCGUAUGCAGAGCGCUCUGAAGAUGUUUGCCGUGGACGAGACCUCCGUGUCUGGUUACAUCUAUCAUAAGCUGUUAGGUCAUGAAGUGGAGGAUGUUAUCAUUAAAUGCCAGCUGCCCAAACGCUUCACUGCGCAGGGUCUGCCAGAUCUCAACCACUCACAGGUUUAUGCUGUGAAGACAGUACUCCAGAGACCUCUUAGUCUCAUCCAAGGGCCUCCAGGGACUGGCAAGACUGUCACCUCUGCCACCAUCGUCUACCAUCUGGCCAGACAGGGCAAUGGUCCAGUGCUGGUUUGUGCUCCGAGUAACAUCGCUGUGGACCAGCUCACAGAGAAGAUCCAUCAGACGGGACUGAAGGUGGUUCGUCUGUGCGCUAAGAGUCGCGAGGCCAUCGACUCACCAGUGUCAUUCUUGGCCCUGCACAAUCAGAUCCGCAACAUGGACAGCAUGCCAGAGUUGCAGAAACUGCAGCAGCUGAAAGACGAGACCGGCGAGCUGUCGUCUUCUGACGAGAAACGCUACCGAGCUCUCAAACGAACAGCUGAGAGAGAGCUGCUCAUGAAUGCAGACGUGAUCUGCUGCACGUGUGUGGGUGCGGGCGACCCUCGGCUGGCUAAGAUGCAGUUCCGCUCCAUUCUCAUCGAUGAGAGCACGCAGGCCACGGAGCCUGAGUGCAUGGUGCCAGUGGUGCUUGGGGCCAAACAGUUGAUUCUGGUUGGUGAUCACUGCCAGCUGGGUCCGGUGGUGAUGUGUAAGAAAGCAGCUAAAGCAGGUCUGUCUCAGUCUCUGUUUGAGCGUCUGGUGGUUCUGGGCAUUAGACCGAUUCGUCUGCAGGUGCAGUACCGCAUGCACCCCGCGCUCAGCGCUUUCCCUUCAAACAUCUUCUACGAGGGAUCUCUGCAGAACGGAGUCACCGCAGCUGAUCGCAUCAAGAAAGGUUUUGACUUCCAGUGGCCUCAGCCAGAUAAGCCCAUGUUCUUCUACGUGACUCAAGGCCAGGAGGAGAUUGCAAGUUCUGGCACCUCCUAUCUCAACAGGACUGAAGCUGCUAAUGUGGAGAAGAUCACCACGCGUCUGCUGAAGGCCGGAGCCAAACCCGAUCAGAUUGGCAUCAUCACACCGUAUGAGGGCCAGCGCUCUUAUCUGGUGCAGUACAUGCAGUUCAGCGGCUCACUGCACACCAAACUCUACCAGGAAGUGGAGAUCGCCAGCGUGGAUGCCUUCCAGGGCAGAGAGAAAGACUUCAUCAUUCUGUCUUGCGUCAGAGCUAACGAACACCAGGGAAUCGGCUUCCUUAACGACCCACGCCGUCUCAACGUGGCGCUUACCAGAGCCAGGUAUGGUGUAAUCAUUGUGGGCAAUCCUAAAGCUCUGUCUAAACAACCUCUGUGGAACCACCUGCUCAACUACUAUAAAGAGCAGAAAGUUCUGGUGGAGGGACCACUGAAUAACCUGAGAGAGAGUCUCAUGCAGUUCAGCAAACCACGCAAGCUCGUCAACACCAUCAAUCCUGGAGCUCGUUUCAUGAGCACCGCCAUGUAUGAUGCGAGAGAGGCCAUGAUUCCUGGAUCCGUGUAUGAUCGCAGCAGCACCGGACGUCCAACUAAUAUGUAUUUCCAGACCCAUGAUCAGGUUGGAAUGAUUGGGACGGGGCCGAACCCCAUGGGCUCCAUGAACAUACCGAUCCCAUUCAACCUGGUCAUGCCACCCAUGCCUCCACCCAGUUACCUGGGCCAGGUGAACGGACCGGCCACUGGUCGUGGUGCUCCUAAAGGCAAGACCGGAGGUCGUGGAGGUCGUCAGAGGAACCGUGGCACCGGUAACCAUGGCAGCGGGCAAGCCAACAUGUCGAGCAGUCAGGCCAGUCAGGAUCUGGUGUCUCAGCCGUUCUCUCAGGGUCCUCUGACCCAGGGCUACAUCACCAUGAGCCAGCCAUCUCAGAUGAGCCAGCCUGGACUCUCUCAACCGGAGCUGUCACAGGACAGUUAUCUGGGUGACGAGUUCAAAUCGCAGAUGGAUGUGGCGCUCUCGCAGGAUUCCACCUAUCAGGGUGAACGGGCAUACCAACACGGAGGAGUGACUGGACUCUCACAGUACUAGAGUGUUGUUGGAACAGGAGCUAGGCCUGUGCUGAGCUUAGUUCAUCAGCAUUUUAAAUAUGGGUAAAUAUAAAAAAAGAACAAACAUGGAUGCCCGUUUACCACUGUUACAACUGAAGCACCAUGGUGUGAGAGCAACAGAAGAGAAUCAAACCAAUCACAAGAGGGAGUGAAGCUGGACAGGACGAAAGAGAACGUGAAAGAAUGGAGGGACAAUCCACCAUUCGUUGACGACGGGGAGAGGAGAGACGCAGUGUUCAGGAGGAGACCACGAGAUCUUCCAUCUGCAACUCCGCAACGUGGAGGGCGGUUGCUCCCGGAGCGCAGGGGGGCCCUUCUCAGCGUCCUCUCUCUCGCCUGGCUGCAGACGCCAGCCUCGGGCCUUGCCCUGCCAACCAGAGAUGGAGCAAAAAGAUGAAGUUCUCUUAAAACUACCUGCAAAAACCCACGCUUGCUCUGUCGUCUCCACGAGCUGAGAGAGAGGGUGACGUAUUUACAGUAAUUAUUAACGCUUUUCAAGCAGCUGAUUUUUGGGAAAAGAAAAAUUUCCCCUCAAAGUUGACAUCUAACGGUCAGGUUCUGCCACCGAACAUCUUUAGCGUUUUGUUUUCGCCAGAGAUCUCAUCUCGAACCGAGGUGCUAGGACGCUCCGCAGAUGGAUUCAACUUUGAGGAAAGUUUUGGGCCUGAAGUUUGGGAGGGUAGAGAUUCCCGAACGGAGAGACCGUCGCAUCCGUGUCUCUCUCCGUGAAGAGACUCUCCUCUAAAUGAUAUAAAAAGAUAAAGGGGUAGUUUAAACAAAUGGCUUUGGGGCUUAUUUUUUCUUUGAAAUGUUUGCCUCUUCAGAGCUGAUGCAGAAGGGGUCGAGAGAUCUGUCCUUUCUUAUUUUUCACCUUUCUUUUUAAAUGGUUUGUGUUCAAGUAGAAUAAAAGCUGUGAUGUAGAACCGCUCGAUUAGAUGUGGCGUCUUAAUAAUCUCACAGAUUAAAAUCACAAUAAAACCAACUCCCUAAAUGAGACCACAAAGACUCAGAUUGUGCAUUGGUCAGUCACAACAAGUCGAAAUCGGGUUUAAAAGUGACACAACACCAACAUAUACACAGUAAGCCUCUCCCACUGCUAUUCUGUCCAAUCAGGAAGACCAAUGACAUCAUAUUAUUAUUAUUAUACACAUGCAAAAGCCUGAAUCGCACGAGUUAAAGGUGUGAAAAAUAAUGAAUUGCCGUAAGGAGAAAGCAGUAAGAGAUCGCCUAAAUGAAGGACCUGCAGGUGAGAUUGUUGCUGUUUAUGUGUCUGACUGUAGGAGGCGCUGUUGCGCACUCUUGCAUCCUGAUGAUGUCAGUGAGAGUGGGCGGUAACAAACCGCCCUAGAGGAGUGUGUGUGUGUUUGUGUGCUUUCCAAAAAUGCCCUCCCUCAUUAUUGUUUGUGCCAGAUGAUAUUUCUGCUUUGUUUUCUCUCAUAUACUCCGACGUUCAUGUAACCUCUCUCUCGGUGUGGAAAUUGCUCCUAAUUUAGAAUAUCUGGUUUUGGUUUUGAAGGACCCACUAAGAGUUUUAUGGCCACUUUUAACAUGUUUCGACCGAUGCCAGUCGCCUCAACUUUCUACUUUUACUUUGGAGUGUUUAUAAUUGCUGUUACUCUACAGUUACCGACUGUUUGAUAUUUACUGAUGUACCGGCACUCUCGUUUUAUAGCAUUUUUUUAUCAAUUUGUUUUAAAUCCACACAAUUUUUUUGCUUUCGACUUUUCUUCGCCCACAAGACAAUCAUGAUCCGAUGCGAAGAUUGCAAAAACAUUUAUUAGAGUAUGUACGCGUUCUUUUCCGUGAUGCUAUUCCCGAUGUUUCACGUUUAACCUCUUAUUUAGGGUAACUCAUAGUGAACUCAAUCUUAAACCGCUUUAUAGAGUGAUCUCUAUAAAGCGGUGAUCAUAGCUCUUAAUGAGGUUAGUUUGCAUUUUACAUCAACUGUAAAUAUCAGUGAAUAUCGUAACACCAGCCAAAAUGUUUUCCCAACAGUAAAACGAGGUCUGACGUGAUGCUAACACUCAAAGCAUUGCCACGGUGAUCCAUAGUGAUGUAUUCUGGUGAUUAUCAAAGAGCCUGUAGAAAUGCUGCCUCCAGGAAAUAUUGAGUUCAUCCUUAUUCGUGAGGUCCUGAAAGGUCCUGAAAGUCACAUUUGAAUAUUAAACUUGACUUUAUAAAUGUUGGGUAGACACAACAUACUGGUUGUACUAUAGAUUGAUAUACUACAACUUGCAAUGAAGAGGAAAACUGGGGAAAUAAAACCUGAUAUGAAGUAUGGUCCCGGAUUAUUUUGUUUUGUGGAAAGAACGAUCACCCCCACAGUAUGUACUUGUAAUGUUACAAAUAAAUGUUGAUUUCUUUCAUCCAACAGUUUUGAUUUGCUUGAUUUAUGAGUGUCAUAUUCAUAUACUGUGCAAGCAAUAAUAAUGAAGCUUGAAUGGGAGUUUCUUCCACUUUGGGCACUUUGAGCACGCCACCACGAGGACCUAGAGCGCAUUGGGAAUUGGGCAUGCCAAUUCAGUUUUUACACUCUUAUUUUGUUUGUAUUUAUUUUUUAUGUUCACUAAAAAUGUCCAAGAGUGCGUUUGAUGUCAGAUUUGUUUUGUCAGUUUUUCAGAAAGUCGUGAAUAUUCCCACCACAUCCUCAUUUCCAGCACAUCUCAAAUUCUGUAUUGAGUUUAAUAGAAUUCUGUGCUGGAAAUGACACUGAUGGAUCAUAUUUACAUUUACAUUUAUGCAUUUGGCAGAUGCUUUUAUCCAAAGUGACUUACAGUGCACUUAUUACAGGGACAAUCCCCCCGGAGCAACCUGGAGUUAAGUGCCUUGCUCAAGGACACAAUGGUGGUGGUUGUGGGGAGCAAACCAGCAACCUUCUGAUUACCAGUUAUGUGCUUUAGCCCACUACACUAUCCUAAAUACACAUAACUAAAUAAUAUUUUCAGACCUUUUGCAAAAUUACAGGUUGAUUGGAAAUCUUAUGCUCAUAAGUGAUAUUUCCCUUGAUGUUUCUUUGUUUUGUCUCAUAUUUCAUCUUCAACAUGCUCUUCACUGAUGCUUUUGUCUGCUUGACUAACAAGCACACUAACUUUUGAAAACUUUAUUAUGGGUAAAAAUGUUUGUUGUGGUGGAUAUGACGGCGCAACUGCAGGCCAGAGGUCGUUUUAUGAAGUUAUUGAAAUAUAGAUUUUCACAAUAAAUAUUGAAAUAUAUUACGUUUAUUUCACUCUUUGAUUAGAUGAUCAUAGUUUGAAACAAUCAUUUGUAUUUUAUUAUGAACUUUAAUCAUUAGAUAUUGAAAAAUCUUUAAAACAUUUGAAAAGCACCAAAAAUAAAUGAUAAUAACCUGGUAAAUGUUUUCAAGUCAGCUUUAAUGAGACAACCAAACCAUAACAAACAAGUUGACUAUAUGGUAAGUUGAGCAAUUUUGUUUACUUCGGGUUUUUAAAUAUUGUCUUUAAGCUCACAUCCUAGAAUAGAUUAUACAAAAUGCAUCAGUUUCUGAGUUCUGUGGUCUUAACUUGGUAAACUGAGCUGAAAUGAGCAGUUUCCACGCGCACGAUAAAUAGCAAACAAAAAGCUGGAACUUGAGCGGUCUUUCAAUCUUAUAUCCGUACUGUUGGUUUUGAGAAAUGUUUACAAGCCUUGUGUUUGAUUAAUGGAAUCACUGAUUUUUGGGAAAGAAUUUGCAAAUGUUUGAUAAAGAUCCUUAUGAGAGAAGCCAAGAAAUAAAACAAUUAUAUUACAGUACAUGUUACUAGAAGUUAUGCUGAUAUUUUUCUUUGAAAGCAGCUUGUAGUUAUUGCAGAAUCUGCCUUUUGUAGAAUUUAAAAAUUGUGUUACAAUGUACAAUUACUGUGGCUUUUUCUUUAUAUUAUUUAUGAAUAAGCAUGUUGACUUUAAUGCUGUUGUUAUAUAUGGCAGAGUGCCCAGACACAUGAAAGCCUGCUUGGAAUUUGCAAAAAAAUCACCUAAAAGACUCUGACUGUGAGGAACAAGAUUGAACUCUUUGGCCUCAAUUCCAAGCGUCAUGUCUGGAGGAAACCAGGCACUGCUUAUCACCCGCACAGUACCAUGCCAACGGUGAAGCAUGGUGGUGGUUGCAUCAUGCUGUGGGGGUGUUUUUCAGUGGCAAGGACUUGGGGACUGGUCAGGGUUGAAGGAAAGCUGAACGCAGCAAAAUACAGAUCAUCAAUGGAAACCUGCUCCAGAGCACUCAGGACCUCAGACUGGGCUGAAUGUUCACUUUCCAACAGGAGAAUGGCCCCAAGCACACAUCCAAGACAACACAAGGGGUGGCUUAGGGACAACUCUGUGAAUGUCCUUGAGUGACCCAGUCAGAGCCUGAACUUGAACGUAAUGGGACAUCUCUGGAAAGACCUGAAAAUGGCGGUCCACCGACGGUCCCCAUCCAACCUGACAGGGCUUGAGAAGAUCUGCAGAGAAGAAUGGCAGAAAAUCCCCAAAUCCAGGUGUGCAAAGCUUGUCACGUCAUACCCAUAAAAGUUAAGGGUCUGAAUACUUAUGUUAAUGAGAUAUUUCAGUUUUGUCUUUUUAAUAAAUUUGCAA